AUGUUUCGUUUUCUGCAGUUGUUGUUACGUAGUACCAUUCGCAUCUCUAAUUUACGAAUCCAACUUGUUCUAAUCGUUAUUUGUCUCUUCACCUGUUCGUCCAGCCUCAAGAUCGGAGAAACUUGCGGGUCAGACAACCAAUGCGAUGCUGGUCUCAGCUGCCAGACAUGCCCUGCAAAUGGGAAUACCCGACCCAGAUGUUCCCGAAUACAGCCUUUAAGCCCCACUUCUAAAAAGAAGGGCUUAUCAUUUGAUCGCUAUUCAUGGCUCACGACCCACAAUUCCUUUGCUCUGGCCGGGGCGAGAUCGGCCACAGGGUCUUUCAUUGUAGCCCCAAUGAACCAGGAAGACACGGUUGCUGAUCAACUCAAAAAUGGCGUUCGAGGAUUUAUGUUAGAUAUGUAUGAUUUUCUAAACGACAUCUGGUUGUGUCACUCGGCUGAAGGCAAAUGUUUCAACUUCACUGCAUUCCAACCUGCCAUAAACGUGCUUAACGACAUUCGAUCAUUUCUUGAUUCAAAUCCAUCAGAAAUUGUCACCAUCUUCAUUGAGGACUACGUCACAUCUCCUCAUGGCCUAACUAAGAUCUUCACUGCUUCAGGCCUUAGCAAGUACAUGUUACCAGUGUCUCGUAUGCCCAAGAACGGUGGAGAAUGGCCAACCUUACAUGACAUGGUCCAAACCAAUCAGCGCUUGGUCGUUUUCACCUCCAUAUCAUCUAAGGAAGCUUCUGAGGGCAUUGCUUACCAGUGGACAUACGUGGUAGAAAACCAGUACGGAGAUGAAGGCAUGAAAGCUGGUUCUUGUCCAAACCGUGCAGAAUCAUCAGCAAUGAACACAACAUCUAAGUCAUUGGUUCUGCUCAACUAUUUUCAUUCUGCUCCAAAUCGAUCUCAGGCCUGUGCUGACAAUUCGGCUCCGUUACUUAGCAUGAUGAAGACUUGCCGUGAAGCAACCGGCAACCGGUGGCCAAAUUUCAUUGCUGUUGAUUAUUACCGGAGGAGUGAUGGCGGAGGAGCACCAGAAGCUGUUGAUGAAGUAAACGGCCAUCUCACUUGCGGGUGUGACAGCAUUGCUUAUUGCAAGGCAAACGCUACGUUUGGCACUUGUGAUGUUCCUCCCAUUUCUCCACCUCCACCUGCUACAGCAGCCGCCUCAGGCGGAAACCAGCAGCCACAAGAUAACAAUCACGCGAGCUCUGCUUAUGUUGGUAGAAUGGCUAAGCUGAUGCAGUCCGUUAUAGUAACUUCGGCCACAACUUUCUUGGCAUGGUUAUAGAAUGCUGUUAAGUUUGGGAAGUUUUUAAUCAUGUGAAAAUAGGUAUGUGUGUAUGUUGUACUAGAUGGUUUGGCCAAUUUGAUUCCGAGUAUUGUAUGGAAUCCGAGUCAAUUUUUAUC